GCCAUAUUUAUCAUAUGAAUAAAAAUCAGUUUUGACAAUUUUGGUUAAAAAAAUUUGUCAUUGGCUCCUAGACUAUAAUGUAAUUCGCUAUAAUGUAGACUAUAAUGUAUCCUAUAUACAACGCUAGAUGGCGUUGUUAUAUGUAUAUAAGCUGACGAUGCGAACAUAUGUUUAUCUCGUGUGUUAUUUGCUCUAAUAAAAGUUUUUUUCAUAUAUUUUUUUUAUUUUCAUUAAUUGAUUAACUAUAUGUAUUGUGUAUAUCUUCUCAUACUGUGUACUCUAACAAAUUAUAGGCCUAAAAAUUGUAUAGAUUUUGUGUAAUUUCAUUUCUUUUUUCUCUCAAAGAAAGUGAGGUUAAAUUUCUUUUUCGCCACGUGCUCGUUAUAAUAAAAAAAAUGGAUUCAGCAUUAGGAAUACACAAAAUAAAGACAUUAUCAAAAGAUAAUUAUGAAAUCUGGAAAAUCUAUAUGGAAGCAUGGUUAACGAGAGAUAGAAGUUGGAAAUAUGUCCCUGGUAAAUGUCCGAAACCAGAUUUUAUAAAAUGAACGAAGCUUCUCUAAAAAUGUUAAAACUUGGGAAGAAGCUAAUUCCAUGGCGAAAGCUGAUUUGUUGUUGACGAUAAAUCUUUUGAACUCAGUUGAUACCAAUUUUUACAACAUCAUUAGAAUUGGAUAAUAUUGUAAAUGAUAUAUCGUUUAUUACAUUAAAUCUGAUAUUAAUGGUACUGUAUGGAUCAUACUGCUAUUCUAUAAACAAAAUCAAACAAAUAUUUAAUGUAAUGGAAAAAAACUACUAUAAAUUAGAUAACAACGAAGAGCACAAAAUAAUGAAACAUUAUAUCGAUAUUGGAAUGUAUUUAAUUAAAUUUUUUGCAAUAUGUCUAAUUCCAUGUUUUUUUCUUACAAUACUGAUGAUAUUAUAUCCCAUGAUUUAUAAUGUCAUAGUACCGUUAAACGAAUCUCGUAAAUUUAUUAUACUUUGCGAUAUAUAUUAUUUUGUGGAUCCACAAGAAUAUGCUAGCAUUUUUUUAUUGUAUACAUUGGUUCUUAAUUUUAUUUUAUACACGAUUAUUGUCACUCAAUUUACGAUAAUAAUAUUCGUUCAACAUUGUUGCGGAUUUUUCAAAAUUGCCAGUUAUCGUCUCGAACAUGCAAUGGAUACAUACAAAGGACAGAAUGAAAUCGAAAUAUAUUACAUUAUUUGUGCAAAAUUAAUUAAAGCAAUAGAAGUAUAUAAAUUAGCUGUCAAGUUUUUUAAAUGGGCAAAUGGUAUAUAUAAAAUUCCAUACACUAUAAGUAUAUUCUUAUAUGUACUUGAUGUCAGUGUUCAAUUAUAUUAUGUUGUUUAUAUGCUUCAACAACUGGAGAACAUUUAUAAAUUGUGCAUCAACUUAUUAUUGCUGAUCGGUAAAUUUUGUUUCUUAUUCUUAAUCACUUACUUAGGACAAAAUGUAGAAAAUCAUAGUAAUGAAGUUUUCGAAAAAUGUUAUGAUAGUCUAUGGUACACUGCACCAGUAGCUACAAGAAAGUUAUUAUUGAUUAUAAUGAUAAAUAUCAUGAAACCAUGUCAAUACAAAAUGUUGGGAGGAUUAUUUAAAGGCAACAUCGAAGGUUUUGCACAGGUAAUUAAUUCAAAUACUAUUAAAUAUUUUGAAACAAUAUCGAGGAGAGAUGUGAUAGAAUAGUAUAGUAUAGACUAGUAUUUCUUAAUCUUUUUUUGAAUUAUAAAAAAUAAUAGACUGCUAAGAAAAUUUUUAAAAAUUAAUAUCGGAAUAAUAUUAAAAUUUUUAUUUUACUAAGAAAUCUCAUAUUUUUUAAAUUAAAGAAAUUUAAUUAAAAAAAUUUAAAUAUUUAAUUAAAAAUAAUUUUCCAAAAAAGUAUUUCACAAUCAAUAGAUUAGGAACUAUUGGUGAUAUUUACAACUAUAAAGUCGAUUUAGAGAAUAAGAGAAAAAACAAAAAAAAUUGAAAAAUAUAGAAAUAAAUUCAGAUUUAAAUAUCUGAAGAAUAACCAAGGAACCUCAAAUAAUCGAUUUUAAGUUCUAAUUAUCUCUUUCAGAUCAUUCGUAUAUGUAUCUCAUAUUUCAUGAGCAUAUAUUCAAUACAAUAAAGAAUACAUUGAACACAUUUCAUAACAAAUGUAUUAUUGAACUCAAAAUAUGUUUAUUGCACUAUUAAUUUGUAAUACUAAUAAAUAAGUAUAAUUUAUGCAACUAUAUAGUGUGAUUUAUGAAUUUUUUUAUAAUUUUGAUAUAUAAAUCAAAUUCAUUAUGAAUUUUAUACCAUAUUACUAUUAUUAUAUUACUAUAAAUAUUGCUUUUUAAAAAAAAUUUUCUGGCUAAUCUAUUCAGAAUUUAUUUAAAAAUUUCUCUAAUUAAUAUUAGCAACAAAUGUCAAUUAAUAAUAAAAGCAAAUAUGAGAAUUCGAUAAAUAAUCUAAUCAUAAAAAAAAUUAAAAUUAAAAAUUAAUCUUAUUCAUAUCAUUAAACUUAUUAUUUCCGCUGAGAAAGUGUGCUCUCUUAUUUACUUUAGUAGUAUUACGUUAAUACUACUUUAGUAGUAUUAACGGUUUGUUGAGAAAUUUGAGUAUGAUUGUCAUUGUGUAAUUUAUAAUCGUUACUAAAAAAUUACUUGUAAAAUCUGUAUUUAUAUUAUUUGUUUCGGGUUCCGUGUUUUUGUUACUGUUUGAUAUUGUUGUCUUAGUAACAUUAUUACAUUGAUUGAAAUAAUUUUAAAUAAAAAAUUCAUAAUUUGAAAGAAAUCAAGAAAUUAAAUAUAUUAAUUGAUUUAAAUUAUUAAUUACAUAUUUAAUUAUAUAUUAUUUUCUGAUGAAUCAAUAUUUACAAAUUAUGAGGAAGUUAAAUAAUAUGCAUAUUAUUGAUCUAUUGAAAGUCUUAAAUAAUUAAGGUAAAUACAUCAUCAAUAUUAAUGAUAUGUCAAUGUAUAAUGCGGUAUCAUAAAUAAUGAAAUUAUUGGCUCAUUCUUUAUUGAAGAGAAUUUAGUAUGCUGAUUUUAUUAUAAAUAUAUUGCUAUAUUACUACAUGUUCUCUAAAAACAUCUGAUCAGUAUCAGAUUUAAAAUACUUUAAUUUUAAUUAGAUUAUCGAGCAUAUUGUAUAUGCGUUGUAUGAGAUAUAUUAAAUUUGAAAUUUUUUGAUCUCUUGAUCAAUCAUCAUUGCAUUUCUAGAACUACUAGGUUCCUUUAUUGGGAAACUUUAUUGAGUAUGAACAGUGAAGAAAAAUUCAAAGUUCAUAUAAAAAAGAAAAUUAUAUAAAUUUAUAUAAAAAAGUAUAAACUUAGCCAUAAUAUACUUUAUAUUAUUUAUAACUUAUAAUAUAUAUUUUUUAUUUGAGACCAAAAUAAGAUAGUCCCCACAUAAAAUUUAAUUAUUUUCUAUUUUUAAAAAUUUAUAAUUAUUUUUUAUUUUGUUUUUUCUUUAAUAUCAUAAAUACAUUAUGAUUAAAAAUAUACAUAAUUUUAAAUAUUAAUUUAAAUAUUAAAUUUAACGAUAAUUAGUAUAUUAAUUAUUUUAAAAAAAUAGAUUUAUCAUUCAUCUUAUUCAAAAUUGCUCUAUCUUUAAUAUAGCAAUAUUUUCUUAUUAUUAUUAUUUAAAUGUGGGAAGAAAGAUAAAUAAUGUAUAGUGAGAAAAACAAAAGAAUAAAAAAUAUUAAAAUAUAUGAUCUAGAGUCUAUUCUAUGAAAUAAACUUCUUCAUUCAAUAAAUAAAUCUUCAUAUUAUGGAUUACAUCGAAAUAUAAGAAAUCAAUUAAUCGUUUACAGAAAAAAGACUUAAAAUCUGAAAAAGACGAAGUAUUAUCUUUUUUAGAGACAAAAACGUUUAUGAUAAAGAAAAAGAAAAAAAAUUCUAUUUUUUAAAAGAAAAUAAGAAUAUAAUAUCUUCAUAGAUAGAUUUUUAUUUAAUAAAGAAUAUAAUUUUCCUAAAUAAUUACAACUAUAUGAACACAAAUAGAUUUUUCGUGGAAAUUGAAAAUUUUUAUAAUCUUAUCCAUAGUUUCCAUCGUCUUCUGAAUAUUAAGAGAUAUAAAUGAAAAAAUCUAGUAAGCUGAAUAUUACCAAUUUGAGGGCGAAAUAUAAAGCAAUACUAUCUAUCUACUGUUAUUUUAUAGAUCGGGAAAUAGAAAUAUUAUAUAUUUAAAUGAAACAUUUUAUGAUUUAACAAAUAUUGACAGAUUAAAAACAAUCCUGGUUUAUUAAGAAAUAUCAGUUCAGCAUAUAGAUUUAUUAUAAUGCAUUUUGGUCGAAAAAUGAGUUUGUGAAAGAAAAGUUGGAGUUCAUCAUCUUAUGUAAAAGGAAUGAAACAUACAUGGAUUACUUGAUUUUAUAUAUUGCAAAAUAAUAAAAAACAAAUUUAUCUUAUUGGUAAAAAAAAAAAAUAAUGAAAAAUAGCCAUUCUUAAAUUAUCAAUCUUUGUGAUCAUACUUUGAACGAAAGUGAUUAUAACAAAUAAUUAAUUUAGAAAAUUUUGAAUUUGAUAAAUAUGUUAUUUCGGGAGUUGGAAAAUUAAUAAAUUACUAGAAUAUGCAAAAAAAAAUUAUGAUCAUUUGUUAGUUGAAAACAAUAUUCUACAUUUCAAAAAUAUAAAAAAUAUAAAUGUAAUGAAUUAAUUAAAAGACUUAAUAAAUCUGAAAAAAGUUUUAAAUGAAUGAAAUGUAAUGAAUUAAAAGGAUAUGUUUUACUUCAAUAUAUAUAUGACUUGAAUUCAAUAAAAUUGAUUUAUGUAUAAAUGAGAUUAAAAUUUGAAAAAAAACUCCUUCAUAUUGAUUAAUUGAAUAGAAAGAUUAAUUUAUAAUAAAAUAGAUUUGGUUACAACAUUCGAUUGAGAAAAUUAAAAAGUAUCAUGUAGAAAAAAUAAAAAAAAUGAUUUAUGGAGAUAGAAUUUAUUAAAAAAAUGCCAUAGAUUGAAUAUUGAUAUUCGAAGUAUAAAUUCUAAAGAUAAUUUAUUUGAUAUUAGUAAGUGUUUUAAGAAAUUGAUACGAUAAAAAAUAUCAAUGAAAUUAUUUUUACUACAUAUUUAUUAUUUGUUAAAAUGGAUUUUGAAUUAUUUAAAUUGUAUUCCUCAACUGAUUUCAUUGAUAUUUUAUUAAUUAUUAAAUAUAUGAAUAAUAUUAUUAAAUAUAUGAAUUAAUAUAUGAAAAUGUAUUUUUACUCAAAUUUUAAUAUUCUAUUUAUAAUAUAAAAAGCAGAUCAUUUCAUUUAAUAAAUUAAGAUGGCUUAGAAUCUCUAAAAUAAUUAAUAUAUAUAUUAUAAUAAUAUAUAUAUUAUAAUUAUUCUCCAUUUAUUAAAAAGCAUAUUUAUAAGAUAUGCUAUUUAAAUUAUAUCUUACAAUUUUCAUAAAAUGUAUUGUAAUUAUUAAAAUAUUGUAGUUAUCGAGAUAAUCAAAUUAAUUGAAAUAUUUUGUACAUAGCUAGAAUAAAAAUCAUAACUAGUAUAAGCAGUAAUCAUAAGUAUUAUUAAAUUAGUAAUAAGAAUUGUACAUAUGUUUUGUAGUUAUAGAAUAGAAUUUAAAAUAAUAUUUAUAUGUAUAAGAUAUCUCAUAGAAAGUUAUAUUUUUUAAACAAAUAGAAAAAACUAUUAGAAAUCAAAGUUAAACGAUAUUCAAUGAAAUAAUCUGAUUAUAUGCAAAUAUAAUUUUAUGCAACGAUAUAUUUGAAAAAUAUAAUUGUAUUUUUUUUUCAAACAAAACUUUAUAAUUUUGACAGUCAGUGGAAUUUAUUAAUCUCUAUAAAAAAGUAUUAAUACAUUUUUAUUUUAUCUAUUGAUUUUUAAGUUAUUAAAUUUAAAAAGUUAGUAAAUUAUUUAAUAUAUUUACAAAUAUUUAGUAUUUUCAAUUAAUGAAAACUUAAAUAUUAUAAUUCUUCUAACAUAAUAUUAUUAAUUGGUUAGAGUUUCAAUUCUUUUCAAUUCUUUUCUCUUAUCUUUAUAUUAUAUACUUUAAAUUAAUAUUUUCUUUUUUUGUAAUAUUAUAAUAAAUCAUUUAGCAAGAACCAAUUAGUAAUUGACCUCAGUUACAAUCGUUCAUCAAUCCAUCCAUCCAUCCAAUUGAUUUUUUCUUGUAUUAAUAGCACAUGUAUAAAUGACACAUAUACAUUUAUAUAUGAUAUAUACAUUUUUUCAACACUGUCCAAUAAUCAUCUCUUAAAUAUCACAGUCAAAUCAGAAAUCAAAUUAGAAAACAGAAUCAAAAUGAUCAAAUAUAUAUGUAUAUUUCACAUAUUGAAUAAUAAUAUAUAAUAAUAUAUUAAAAUGUCUCAUAAGUUUCGUACCUAAGAAUGACUUUAACUGGCUAUUUUUAUAUAAACAUGCAAACUUAUUUAUUAGCCGUUUAUAGCAUCGAUUUCGUUAUCUCAGAGCUCUUUUAAAGUAUUUUGUUGGCGACAUAAUUUCUUUUAAAACUUUUUUUACACUGUUCAAAAGGAAGCAUUUGCAAUGUUAUUUUUCAUUGCUUUAAAAAAGAUGAUAGUGCAAAUGCUGCGGACGAGAUUUAUACUGUUUACGGGAAUGGUGCUACAAUCAUCCGCAAUUGGUUUAAGAAAUUGAUUUGAAAGAUGAAGAUUUCAACAGUUGCCCAACAACGAUAGAUAUCAAAGCCACGUUCGCUGAAAAUCCGUGAUAUAGUGUGCAAGAUAGUGGCUGUCUCUAACAAUCCCAGGACAACAUACAUAAUCAUCUGAUCAGGAUGAAAUAUGUCAAUCGAUGUAAAGUUUGGGUUCUACAGCUAUUGACGGAGACCGGCCUUAUGAAUCGCGUUUCUACGUGUGAUUUAUCUAGCGACAUGAAAGAGAUCCUUUAUUAAAGAAGACUGGAGACGAAAUUUCGAUUUUGUAUCAAAAUGUACAUUGAAAACGCACUUGAUUUAAGGACAAUAGAUCUUUAACUGUUACGGAGCCUGGACUUCACCUGAAGAAAAUUCUUUUAUCCAUUUGAUGGGUCUGUAAAAAUAUAAUCUACGAGUUCCUUUCUCGAGGUGAAAUCAUCAAUUUUGGAAAAUAUUAUAAUCAGUUUGAUAAAUUGAAAAACGUCAUAGCAGAAAAAAUUGCCAAAAUUGGCAAAUUGAAGAGAUCAUCACGACAAUGCAAAACUCCAUGUUAUACUGUAAGAGAAAAGCUGUUACAGAUUGAUUGGGACGUUUUAUCGUAUAUUCCCCAGAUCUUGCUCUAUCCGUUGUUACUUGUUCCUGUUCGAGAAAUAUUUUACAAAUAAACUCCAACAAUUUGGAAAAAAGAAAUAAUGAGGCUUCCUGAGAGAUAGAAGAAGGUGAUAAAGGAGAACGAUAUAUAAGGCAAUAAAUGAAACAACAAAUAUCGUGUAUUCAUUUCGUAUUAAAAAAAAAGAAAGUUAUGGGACAUCUUAAUAUGUAAUAAAUCAAAAUAUGUAAUAAAUAAUAUCAAAAUCAAUAUUUAAUAUUUAAUAAAAAAUUACCAUUUUAGUUAUUUUAAUAAUAUUUUAAUAAAUUUUAAGUAUCCGAAUAUUGUGAUGAGAAAGAUAAAUAUAAUUAUGAUUUGAUUUAAUUUUUAAUAUUAUUUUUUAUAUGAAAUUAAUAAAUUAAUAAUAUUUUGUAAAGUAUAAUAAUAAAUAAUUAACAAAUUUGAA